GGGGCUUUGUUUCGGGGGAGGAGGACCCGGAGCUCUUUUGUUUGGGGGUUUGGUGUUUUCACCUCCCCCCCCCGCUUCCCCCAACCCUCCCCCCCACUCCGCGCCUCUCCGGUUUCCUGAGCUGCGGGCUGCAAGGGAGGAGAAGCGGCGUCUUGCAACCCCCCUCGGCUGGGCCCCGGGGUAAUUCGAUGCGGGCCUGGCGAGGCUCCCCCCGCUAGACCCGGGCUCGCGUCUCGGCAGCCUCCACCCACCGGCCCACCCUACAUUUAGCGCAUCAUGUGAUCCGGGAUCAAUGUGACUCUGGAAACAAAUGGAUGAAUGAAUAUCCAUAUGAAGAGGAAAACAAUAAAGAAUUUCAACACCCUUGAGAACAGAAUGUUAAUGCUUGAUGGGAUGCCGGCAGUCAGAGUCAAAACAGAGCUUUUGGAAUCUGAACAAGGGUCUCCAAACGUCCACAACUACCCCGAUAUGGAAGCUGUUCCCCUGUUGCUAAAUAAUGUGAAAGGGGAACCCCCGGAGGACCCGUUAUGCGUAGAUCACUUCCAGACACAAACUGAGCCAGUGGACUUGUCCAUCAACAAAGCCAGGACAUCCCCCACAGCCGUUUCCUCCUCCCCCGUUUCCAUGACAGCGUCCGCCUCCUCCCCUUCUUCAACUUCAACCUCUUCGUCGUCUUCUAGUCGUCCAGCCUCAUCGCCAACUGUUAUAACAUCAGUAUCUUCAGCAUCAUCUUCGUCAACGGUAUUAACUCCAGGGCCCCUUGUUGCCUCUGCCUCUGGUGUGGGAGGCCAGCAGUUUUUGCACAUUAUCCAUCCCGUUCCGCCUUCAAGUCCCAUGAAUUUACAGUCUAACAAACUGAGUCACGUUCACCGCAUCCCCGUGGUGGUCCAGUCGGUGCCUGUUGUCUACACAGCUGUGCGGUCACCUGGAAAUGUGAACAACACUAUCGUCGUACCACUUUUGGAGGAUGGGAGAAGCCAUGGCAAAGCACAAAUGGACCCCCGAGGCCUAUCUCCCAGACAAAGUAAAAGUGACAGUGAUGAUGAUGACCUGCCAAAUGUGACCUUAGAUAGCGUUAAUGAAACUGGAUCUACGGCCCUUUCCAUAGCCAGAGCAGUACAAGAGGUACAUCCGUCCCCAGUAUCAAGGGUCCGGGGAAAUCGAAUGAAUAAUCAGAAGUUUGCUUGUUCAAUCUCACCAUUUAGUAUUGAGAGCACAAGACGCCAGAGAAGGUCUGAAUCCCCAGACUCCAGAAAACGGCGUAUCCACAGAUGUGAUUUUGAGGGAUGCAACAAAGUGUACACAAAAAGUUCUCACCUGAAGGCUCAUCGAAGGACACAUACAGGAGAGAAACCCUACAAGUGUACCUGGGAAGGCUGCACCUGGAAAUUCGCUCGUUCGGAUGAACUGACGAGGCAUUACCGCAAACACACGGGAGUGAAGCCAUUCAAGUGCGCAGACUGUGAUCGCAGCUUUUCCCGGUCAGAUCACUUGGCACUGCACCGCCGGAGGCAUAUGCUGGUGUGAGGAAGGCUACCUGUCCAGCUGAGUGUAAGAGCUGGAUCUCUUAGCGGCACCCAAUUCAGCAGGGCUGAAUCCCCUUCACAGUGUUAACACAAAAGGGCAUCACCAUCCCACGAUGUCUGAAAGCAGAGCAGGAAAAAGAAGUAGUAACACUUCUCCUUUCGGUCUGAAGGUAACCCCCAUCAUGACUACACGAGAAACAACUUCAUGCUGGCCUGGGAGAUCGGUGACACAAAUGCUGAAGAGACAGGCAUUGUUUUCCGUGCUGUGUCCUCUGCCAUUUCAAGAUGUUUGUAGUUUGUACAUUUUCUGAGCUGUCGGACGUUUUGUUAUUGAUACUUUAAAGGUCAUCUACCACAAAUUGAUGGCUAGAGCAAGACCUUGUAAAUUUGAAUUAUUCUCCCAUCAUCCCACCCCUGAACCCGUUUUUACAAGUUUGAGUUACUGUCUAAGUAAGAUAGAACCCACUUCCAAUCUGUUACCAGCAAGCAGCCUGAAAGUAGAAAAGAAGAAGCUGUUGGAGAGGUUCCAUUACCUGAAAAGAAAGGAGCGCUCAGGCAGCCCUUUGCAAUAGUGAUGGCAGCCACUAGAUAUCACCCGCAACUUGUCAUUAUGCCAUCCAUGCCCUGGAGAAAACCAACAUUGAUUCUUUCAUUUGUUUGUUGUUGAUCGUUUUUGUUUUGUUCUGCUUCUGUUUUGUUCAUCUGUUCGAGCAGAGGGGCAGCGACAUUUCAGUUGGAGUCUAGUCCUGGUGUCUGCCCUGGCAUGGACGGGCACAGAGCUGUUCUGUAGUUGAAUAGGAAGAGCCUGUCUAAAAAAACUACUGCCCCACUUCAAAUUGCAGUGUUCUGUCACCUAGGCAUCAUCUCUUCCUGCCCCUAGUAUUUGAUUACAAGGAAUCGGGGGGAGGGGGGAAACUUUCUUAGACACACUGGCACCAAGGUAAGAGGUGGGGCUGACCAGGCAGUCAGUGAACAUGAAAAAAUCAGACAAAGCAGAGAUGGAAAUAAUGCGCCUCUUGAGGAGAAAAGCAAUAACGAAUAAAAGGACUUGCCUACAAUAACUUCACUGAGGACUCAUGUUACCAAUUUUCAUACUCACUAAAGGGAUUGUAAAAAAACACCCCAGCAUUUUAGAGGUCUUGGUUACAUUUGCAGCACUGAGGUAAUCUUUCUGCUGUUUGUUGUCCUCCUUGGUUGAGUACCACAAUUAAAGAUUAUGCUCCCCCUUUUCUUGUUUGAAAACAGUUAUUUGGUGACUAGAAAGGCCACGGAGGCAUAGCAGGGAAUUAACUCUUGGGUGAAUGGGUCAGUUCUUGGAACCAAGUCAGUGGGAAAGGAAUGCUCCCCAGGGAAAGCCUGACACGGUGCUAGUUUCCUCCCUUGGAGAGCCAAGGAUAAGUGACUCUCCAAUAGGUUCUUGUCUACAGAUUUCAUUUUCUAAACUGUAUUAGCACCCAGUGGUUCUGCAAUGGCACCUGCAGGGGUAUUGAACCCACUCAUCCUGUGCUGAGGGUGAGAGGAAAUUAUAGUCCCGUCAGCCCCCAAAAAUUAUGAGCCCGUUUUGCAACUAGCAAAGUCUAUAGUAAACAAAGCAAUACAUCACCAAUGAGCAUUCUUUCAGAAAAAUUAUCAUAUUUUUUCCCCACUAAAAGCUGGGUUUUUUCAGCUUUCUGUGGCUAAGGGGCUCGGUGAGGUUUUUUUUUUUGUCGUUGUUGUUGUUGUUAUUAUUAAGAUUUUUUUUUAUAGCUUAGGUAUAAGAAGUUGCCAGCAUAGACCUUUGCAAUAUAUUUUAAUUACAAACACUUGAUUUGGAGAAUUGCACAAAUCAACCUCACAAUAUUACUAGCUCAUUUUUAAAGGUGUGAACAUUCUGAAAUAAUUUCUGGUUCUAGAAUUAUCCUUUUUAGGAUUAUCUUCUAAUUCAGAUAAUCUUAUUUUGGUGAAGCAAAAACUAUAAACAUUGAAAAAGGAUGAUUUGUGUUGGAUGGCAUUAAAAGGAUUUUUUUUUUUUUUUCAUGUUCAAGCAACAGCAUAAUGAUUUUCAGGUCAAAUUCUACCUUCAAAAGUAUGUGCUCUACAUUUCCUGCCAGGUCUGAAAAAUUCAUUGGCAGUUUCCCUCCAACAAGGGCUGCAAUUCUAUGGAUAAAUAGCUUCUUUAGCUACGACAGUGUACUACCCACCAAGCACUGGGUUUUUGUGGGGUUUUUUACCAACUGGAAAGUUUUUUAUCUGUACCGUAUGCAACCCCUACUUCUCAUUGCCUGUGACUAUUUUGAAUAGAAAGGCCAGUGUCGGUUACUGGCCAGUGGCAAAGAACACAGCAUGACGAACACAGGGCAUGGUGAACACAGCUGCGAAGCCCUCUAUGCUAGUCCUGGAACCAAGUUGGCAGAUAGUAGGUGAAUCACUGAGGUGAAGGGCAGACUUGAUUUGACUCUGCCUGCUCUCGUAAGAAGGGCCAAUCCUGUUCUCUGCUGAGAGAUCUUGAGAGCGUUACAGGUAGAAAUGGUUUUUAGAAUUCAUAGAACUGACAGGCAGUGGGAGCCUCCUGAGUGACAGCUCGAUUUAAAUUUAGCACAGAACGAAAUGAGCUGCUCCUCUGUAACAACAUAGGAAAAAUUCAGGGACGUGAGCUUGUCUGCUCACCCCCUGAAAGUGGCAACCCAACUGAGACAGUAAUUUUACUGAUAGAACCUGUCAGCAUUAUGCCAUUUCCCCCCUUUGAUGUAUUGAUACUUCUAAGGAGGGAUCCAAGCACAAAUAGUGAAUGAGUUGCUGAUCUAGUCGCAGGACUGAAAUUUACCUGGGGCUUGUCUUGGGACACAACAAAUUCUCCUUGGUGAAUUUUCUACAAGUGUUUCCCUGUGGAAAAGAAGGUAGUUUGGGAGAGAAGGAAUUACAUUUUUAAGUAAGAAUAUCUUCAGGCAUAGAAAAGCCUACUCUAUUUUAUCUUAUGUCCAUUCUAGACUCUUUUUAAAAGCACAGUAGAUGAUUAACAACAGAAAAGGAGUAGAAUCCAAAGGACUUCUCAGUUGUUCUCUAACUAGAAGCAUUCUUUGGUUUCAAAUUUGAAGCUAUUCAGUUUGCAGCUGGGCGUAUGUGCAUGUUUGGGAACUUAGACACAGGUAGCUGCAAUGGCUUGAGAAGCUACAGUUGACCUGUCUCUGCAUUUUAGAGAUUGAUUUCAAGGAAGUUAAGGUUAUUUGAAAAGUUAAGAGGUACAGACUUUGAGGUUUCAAUAGAUUCCCUCCUUGUAUCCUGAUCUUAGGUUGUUUGGGAAAAGAUUCACACUUCCACAUCCACUUCCAGCCCCAUCCCAUCAAUUGCGUGUGGACUUUGAGAAGCCUGCUUGAUAACUUGUCUUAAGUUCUAUUAAGGCAUUUAGACUGAAAUUGCUAAUGGCUUUACCAUAAAAUUUAUACUGUUGCCUGGCAUUACUUUUACAAAACACUAUAGGACAUUUAUUUUCAAAGGCAGUUGAAUAACAAUAACAUAAACCACAUUUUUUUUUAAAAAGAGCACUUUUUAUUCACUUUAAAGUUUAAGUGGAAAAUAGGAAGAGGAAUGUCAUGGGGGAAAAACUUGCAAAAUGCUACAGUGUUUACAAAUGCCAGUUCUAGAUGAUUGAAAAGGCCCUUCUCAUAAUGGUUGAAAUUUGGAAUAGCUUAUACAAAGAUUGUGUUCAUUUUUAUACAGUUGUUUUAACUUCAAAUUGCUAUUUGUGUUUUAAACAUAUAAUUCUGCACUUUGAAAUCAGUUCAUCAGAAUGAUAACAUGUAUAUGGAUAAAGAUGCAGUAUUCCUUAUUCUGUACUUUAUUAUACUUAUCAAAGCUGCAAUUGAAUAAAUCUGGUGAGGUGAGGCCUUCAAAUGUAUUAAUACGCCUUUGUUACAUUGUUACAACUGCUUAGAAAUGUAGCCAUGAUGUUGUUAUAAAGGUGUCUUAACAUUUACGGUAAGGAUUGACAGAAUUUAAGCAGUGUUAAGAAUACCAGCAUUCAUUAUACGUUGAGUUACAAUCUUUGUGUAAAGGAUUGAACGUGAGAUAACUCUUAUGAAUCAUAAUAGGCCCAGGAAGCCUUAAUACACCUAGUCCAUAAUCCAAUCUCAGAUUUUGCUCCUUACUAAUUAAUGCCUAUAAAUUUAGGAGGUAAAUGUAUUCUGCAACUUCACUGAUCAGGUCUCUGCCUUCCACUUUUCUGAGGUAGUGCACCUCAUGAAAAAAAUCUUUCAACUUGAUUUGGUUUCGUUUAGAAAAGGGGUUUGGUGAGCCAUGUGUCUUCCAUAUCGCAUUUCUCCUUAUCUCCACACUGCCUUCCACUUAACCUGUACAGGCCCCCCCCCCCGACAGAUGCACACCUGUGUACACACCUGUAUAUGCAGCAGCCAGGGGGCUAAUAAAUAUCAACAGAGAACUUUUUUAAAAGAAUGAAUUUGUAAUAAUCCAUGCUGUCUAGAAAUGUAAGUUAUUUACCUUACUAGGGAAUCAGCUUAUAAUGGUAUAUAUGACUUUGCCUGCAUUUUAUAGUUAAGAAGUGUACAUAAAAGUUUAAAAUGCUAUAUUUUCACAGUUUCAUUAUAGAAUAAUGUCUGUUUAGCAACCCAUGUCCAUUGGUACUUUAAAUAUGCUAAAUACUGUGCAACUGCAAUAGAAAUACAGAUUUGCGUAAGAAAAUGAAACAGGAGGAUACUGCAUCUUAAAGAAAUAGAGUGAAGAUAUUUUACUGUAUUCGUGACAUGUGUGAUAGUGGAAAAAGUAUUUUCAAACUCACAAAUUUUACAGAGGUUGUAAAUAGUUUGAUGAAGUAUGUUGGGAAAAAGAGCUUCUAGUUUUCAUCACAAUAAAAAAAAAAAAAACUUGUUCAGAUAUGCCUUGUGUAUCUUACACACGAUUAGUGAUAUUGCCAUGGGGACUCUGUUCUGCUCUGUCAGAGCACAGCCCUUGUGCUUCCUGACAAAACGGAGUGGCCACUUGUCUCGAUUUAGCCAGGAUGGUUUAGAACGCAAUGAAGUCAUUUUAAGUUGCAGCCAACUGAUUCCAAACUCAAAAUGUCUUUGCCUGAAAAGAGAAAAACAGCUGCAAAGGAUUUUACUUGUGCUAAAAUAGAAGCAUCUAGCAAUUAUUCUCUUUUCUCAGUUACUUUCCUCCUCCAUGAAGUAGUUCUCUAUCAAAAGAAGCAAGCACCUUCUACAGGUGUUUAUUCUUGUUGAAUCCCAGAGGGAAUACUUUUAGCAGUAGCUACCUGUUGACAAGAUGAGUGCUAUGGAUAUGGCCACAUGUGAAAUGAAUCUGUGCUGGCAAUAGGAAUAAGCUAAUGCCAAUUUUCAGACAUGAAUUAAAAGCUGAAAGUGCCUGUCAAUAAACAUUAUGACCAAUGAGAUAUUCCUAUACUUUUACACAGCAAUAAUUCUUCAUCAGACUGGGUUUUUCCUCCACCUUUGCUAAACACAUGCACACAGAGUAAAUAUAUGCACACAGUAAAUUGAAUCUGUUCAUAUACCCCCUCAAAAAUUAUUUGGUGUGUUUUAAAUAUACCUAAUCUUGUUUAUGUUAGCAUUUCUUAAUUUAAUCUUUCUUAACUACAGAAUGUAAGAAUGCAAGUCUGAACUUUAUGAUUAUCUCCAAUAUAUACUCUGGCACACGGCAUUUAUAAUUUUGAGAGGAAAACUUCACUGUGAUUUGCCCCAAUCUUAUGAAGCACUUGUGUGUGGCUCAAAAAGUUUUGCUCGGUUAAGAAAAGCCAGUUUAUUUAGAACAAAACACUAGAGAUAUUUGUUUGUUUUCCUUUAUUUUAUUCACUGAUAUCAACUGCACAAAUCCAUCUUUACAUUUCUUCAUAUCCUUUUCCCCUAAUAUUUCCUGUUAUCAUCUAAGAACCAUUUUGGAGUGAAUACUGACACAAUCAUUUCUCCCCAAAAAGCCUACAAAGGUAUGACACAUUUAGUAGGCCUAGUCUUUGACUAAGCUUUACAGUUAGUCCUGGAAAUGACCAGAUUUACAUUCAGAACUUCACAAUAUUUUCCUGUCAUUAUUUCACUGCUAAAAGUGGAGUCAUGAAUAGAAAUAUAUGAGUAGAUGAUAUGAAUAGACAAGAGCCCUGGAAAUUCACCAGCCUUACCAUCUCAGAGCACAAAUCCACCCAAACAAGCUAUCAGUAAAAUCAUAUUCUUUCAGAGCCAAACAUUUGGUAAGAGCAAUUUUAAAAGUAUAAUUGUGAUUAAACACUCAGGCUUUAGACAGUGAAGACCUCCACGAUGGACAGUGUUCUCCAGAACCAGAUCAUAGGCCUAGAAAACCAUCUCCCGUUUCUUCCUCUGCAUUUCAGAAAAAAAGGGAAAGAAGGAAAUAUGCCAGGAUAGGGUAUAAAAUAACCAUUUAAGUGUCAAAGGAAAGCUGCUGGGUUCCAUAAUCUCACUGAAGGCAAGUCUUCUGACUGGGCUGUUUUCUGCAAGUUGUCUGAAAGAACUAAAAGAACUUGAAAGGUCAAAAGUUCAGCAAACCAUGAAAAUAAUAGCUGUUCUUUAGUAAACCCUUACUACGUGCCAAGCACUAUACCAGGCAAUAUUUAGACAUGUUACCUCUGAUCUGUACAACAGUACCAGAUUUUAUGGGUGGCUGAGUUGUCCACAAACAGAAAUAGUGAGCGACAGAGUGGGAAUGUGACAUUACCUCUCUCUGGCUCUGAAGCCUGUAUUCUUCCCAGUGCGCCACAGCACGUGUGUUCCCAGAAGCCACCCUUCCAUAUCUAACUCUUAAGUAGUUUUUUGUUGUUGUUGUUGUUGUUGUUUUGCGGUACGCGGGCCUCUCACUGUUGUGGUCUCUCCCGUUGCGGAGCGCAGGCUCAGCGGCCAUGGCUCACGGGCCCAGCCGCUCCACGGCAUGUGGGAUCUUCCCGGACCGGGGCACGAACCCGUGUCCCCUGCAUCGGCAGGUGGACUCUCAACCACUGCGCCGCCAGGGAAGCCCCUUAAGUAGUUUUAUUAUGAAUGUGUAUCAUCUAUUUUCCGAAUAAGAUAUAGGGACAUGAUACAGCACGUGACUUAACCGUGGUACAUAAUAUUUGAAAUCAGCCUUCUCCUGGAAAGUCACACAUGGAGGAUUAUUACAAACAAACAGCACCAGCCAGCUGUCUCCCUGAACUUGUCACUUGCCUCUUAAAAUGUUUGGCCUGGAGAUCCAAAAUCAUUAAAACUCUUCCCUACUUUGUAGCAUUUUCGACAGAGCAGGUUUUCUCGAUUCUGCAUAUUUCUUUCUAGGUUUACUAGAAGGCUUUCCACCUGUAUAGACCUUCUAGAGUAUGUUUAAGUUACAUUUGAAAUGUUCACCUCCAUGGAGCUAGUCGUUAAUAACAGAGCCCACUCUUGGCGGUGGUGAAUGGGGAGACCAUCUUGAACAUUCAGAUGAUCAAGAAGAGAGAACGGACAAUUCCUUUUCAGAUUUCUCACCUAACAGGACCACCUUGGAAUGUUUUCAGUAGCCUUAUAAGUAAUUUGUUUUUAGUAUUGUUGUUAGGUUAAUUGAAUUUUACGUAGGAAGCUGUCCAACCUCAGAGAAAUGACCCCGACCCCCCUUUUCUAUGUAGAACAAGGUCUCUGACAGUAUUGAUUUAUGGAAAUACUAAUGGACUUUUAGAAAACAUUAAGAGAGUGUCAUUUCUCAUGGUAUUUCUUUUUCUGAAAAUGAAUCUCCUGAAUUAUGAUCGUUUUCCAUGUUACUUGGCUGAGGGAAGAGAUAAAACCUGUAUAAGCAAAUUCCCUUCCAUGCUGACAGCAAGUGUUCCAUGUGCACACAACCCACUGCAGAAAGGGGCUUUCUCCUCAGUGAAUUGGGUUUCACAAGCAAUAAUUUCUCAACAACAAAAACCACAACUCUAAGUGAGUUGAAAAGAGGUGAAUAGUGAAAAUAGUCACAUCGGUACUUUUUCUUUCUGGAUUACUUCUCUAGAAAUUUUAAAUGUUUGAGGCAACAGUCUGCCCUUUGGGCAAAGCAAGAACCAAUGAAUGGACUCCUUGUAUGAAUUAUUAUAUCUUGCUUUUUCCAAGUAAGGGUGAAGAGGAGGGUAGAAUUUGGGUCAAAUUCUAGUCAAAAUGCUCAAGUAAUCAAAAAGUAGGGUAUUUUAGGGAUAUACCAACAUCUUCCCUUUCUGCUAAUUUCAUACUCCUAAGCUAUAGCAUAAAACAUUAUAGGAAAUGCUUUUGUCCUACUUGUGUUUGCCCCGCUAGUUUUUCCAUAACAGAAUUUUGUAAUUACAUCCAGACUACAGGGUAUAUUUCGUCCCUCAGACUUGAUUACAUUGGAUGGGUAUUGUUGAACUGGGGCACUGGUGCCUAUAUUCAAGGCUCUUUCCUAUCAACUUGUCUGUCCACACUUUGUUGUGUUUAAAACUUCAUUUUAAAUAAUUACCAUCACCGCCCCCGACCCAUGGAAUGGUGGCUGUAUUGUUUUGUUCAUGUCUGUGUGGGACACAUUGCAUCACGUGGCAAACCAGCUCCCCGUGGAUGUGAGAUAACUACUUACAAAACCAGCUUGAAAACAUCGUCUUCUGUAUUAUGUCAUCCUGUAUCAUAAUGCAAUUAUGUGUAUCAUAACAUGCUCAUUUAAAAAAAAAAAAGAGAGAGAGAAACCAGCAAAUUCAUGUUUGUCCAUAGAAGAAUGUACUCAGAACUUUGUGUUGUGAAACGAUGAGAACAGACCACGUUUAAGAUACCCACCUGCCACUUAAAAUGACUUAGUUAUAAUUAGUAGUAGUCUAGACGUUGCUCUUGGUGUGUGGGAUUCAAUUCAAACGUCAUCUUCUUUUGAAUAAAUCUCUUGGUGGUAUUUGAAAAAACACAUGAGAAUAAAGAAAAAUAUCAUCUUUGACCAAAUCAAGCAGGCAUCUUUUUCCUUUUCCUUGACACUUAGCUCAUUAUACAUGGUGAUUGGAUUACAAGAGCUGUGUAAAAAUACAAAAAACAUCCUUUCGUUUACAAAACAGUUAUUCUAGGCUUGAAGCCUCUGAACAGCAAAUUGAAUAGAUGUGCUGCGUCUGAUUCACUUUACAGGUGUAAUUUUACAAAAGGCUCCUGGGUCUCUGACCCCAGAGAGUUAGAAUGCCCAGAGGAGGUCCUCCCGAAUUAAAGGAUAAACCCGCCGCCCCCCCCCCAAUAAUGCUGGGAAGCAAAUGUGUUAAUUUCUUAAAUCUUCAUUUAGUUUUCUGUUCAGAGUUUUAAUUGCAAAUGAAUUUAUUUCUCCAGCUUAUCUAAAGAUCUAAUUUCCCAAUAGUUUCCUCUGCAUUUAUAUACUCUGUAGUGUUUAGGCAACCCCUGUUAUAAGUUUAUUAAUAUUAUGUAAGUGUUGUUCUUGUAUUUAUGUAUAGUGUAUGUAUUGUAAAUAUACUCAGAGCUUUUUUCCUUUUACUGUAAAAUGGUGAUUUUUUUUUUUUUUUUUUUUUUUUUUUUUUUUUUUGCCCUAUGAUAACGUAAAGGGAGACCCUCCUAAUGAGAUUCUCUCAGAGGAUGAUUAUUCCAGUCUAUUCUCAGAGAUGUAAAUGAACAAGUGUUAUCGUUUUUAAUGGUGUCUCAGACAUAUUCUGUUGGUGCAUUGCUUUUCUGUAUUCAACUUUCCUAUGAAUUGAGCUGUGAACCGAAAUAGAGUUUAAACCUUUAACUGUAUGCAUUUGUAUAAUUAUCUGAAUGAAGGCAUGAAGGUUAAAUAAAGCAUUUUGUAUGGAA